AUGGAAGCAGCGAUUAAUAGCAUUCGCUUUGAGCUUCAAGUUUUGCAAUGGGAUGAUGCGCAAUGCCUUCGAUUGACCAAUGUCCUCAAUGAACUGUCCGCUUUGAUGAGAUGUCCACAGUUUGCGAUUGAAUUUGUCAAAGCCCAAGGUCUGGAAUUUGUGUUUCAACUUGUGGAACGUUUCCAGCACACCGAUCAAGUCAAACCUGGCGUAUUAAAGCAACAAGUUUCAGUCUGGUCGUCCUUGGUGGCCUGCCUGGCUCAAAUUUCCGAGUAUGGCAUCAGCAGUGCUGACGAGGAAUUCAGUGAUAUUUCGCGCGAAGAAGAAUCACGCGAAGUUUCCGGUGGUCCGGAUACAGCUCUGAAUAGAACAUUUAACGAAUUGUUCAGCUGGCAUUUGGUUUCGGAUACAUUUGUAGCCGUGCUUUCACAGAAAUGUAUGGUGGAGUAUGAUAUGACUUCCUUGAAAAAUGAGCUCAAAGUUCUACUCAAGUUGCUCAAUCAUUGCGUUCACAAUGUUUUUGGACCGGAAGGUGACCAGGCAAACCGUGCAGCAUCCAAUCCACCCGGACCGGCCACUGGCGAGGACAGUGCGAUGCGUUGUUCCGGCACAGCAACUCCGCUCGAACUCAGUGGCGUCCCUGAAUGGGCCAUUCAUCCGUUACGAAAUGAGCUGAUGUGUUACUUAUUAGGCUGCAUGUACGUCUUGCUCUAUCACGCUUUUCGGGCUGGACGUUUGGCGACGGUUCUUCCCAACUAUCUCAACUCACGCACGCUGUCGGAACUGCGGUCGUAUCUACCACAAAUGAAGCUGCGUCCACGACAAUUGCUCCAAUUGAUCAAUGCAUUGGACUCUUCGAAACGUCCCAAUGCACCGAAAUUCCCCAGUGAAAUUGGUGUAAGCCCGAUAGCAACUAGACGUGAGAGCAGCUCACGUGGUGGUUCAAAUUUCUUUUUCCACGUUGCGACCACUGUGAAUCCGGAAUACGCUAAACCCACAACUGCGUCGUUGGAUUUCAUGGCUCCAGUCCACAUUUUGUACAGAUUACAACGGCUUCAGUUUGCCCUAUUGGCCAACGAAUUGAUGAUGUCUGCACAUCAAGAGGUAAACUACCAGUGGUCCACUAUCCCGGUUAUAGCCCCGGAUGUCGGCUAUUCGUUCUCUCACUUUGGUGGGAAACAUCCACGACGAGAAGGCAAGCAACAUGCUGAGCUGACCGAUGCACGACCGGAUUCGGAAAGACUAGCACGUAAACUGUCGGAGAAGAAAAUUACCUUUGAUGGUAUUCCACGGUACUAUAAUGCAGAUGAAAUUUCGCGACUUCUGGGUGGGAGCUCUACGGAUCGUCAGUCGAAACGCGUGAAUCCCCCAUCGAAUUCUAGUGCUAAAACCUCACUCUCACGACCACAGUUCCCUUUGAUACAAGUAGUCAGCUCGAUUUGUCAUCUUCUAUGCCAACUUUUCAAUGUUACUGACCGAAUCGAAACACUACGCUUCCCGGAGAUUCACAAAAUUCAACCGGAUUUAAAUCUGUUCUAUCCGAUGUUCUUUGAACCUCGGGCAUCGGGAAUCACAGCGUUUGAAGACAUUUUCAUCAUAUCCAUAUGCGUGUUCUUUGACGUCUGGACUCAGCUGAACGCGUGCUCCCCGGAUGUGGACGGUGUAGUGCUUUGGGAGCAGUUAUCUUACACGAUCAAACAGGAUCCUCUGUCUCUGGAAGAAUUCGAGCAAUUGUUACGGCAGUACAAUUUGCAAUCAGUACUUACCGAAUGGAAACGAACUGACCAAGUGAACAGGGAAGAAAUGUACAAAACUCAUCCGAUAUUAAAGGAUUUGAAUGCUCACCUUCGGAAAUCCCAUCGUGGUCAUGUGCAAGACCAACGUAUCAAUGCCAUGAUGUGCUCUGCUCCGCUUGAGUAUGUUCCACAGAAAAAUCAAAAGCAGCCUCACCGCGAUAGUGUAAAGUAUCAAGUAUACCUAUCACCAGAUCUCAAUUCUCUGGUCUUGAUGGAUCAGAAGAAAUGUACUCAAGGUCUUUGGCCCCUCACGUGCAUCGAACGUGUUACCACGGGCACAGAAGAACGCGUAAAAAAGAAUCCGGAACGAACGAUCGUAUUGCGCAUCAGUAUUCGGGACAGUAACGAACAGGACGAAUGCGGUCUGACAGCAUCGGGGAAAUCGCAUGUUGCAUUGUUGGCUCGAAACGAGGUCGAUUACAAUUAUUGGCUCGAUGGAUUCUACUUUCUGCGCUUGCUCAAUAGUCCGAGUAAACGUUUCGCGGAGGACAUACAACUUCUCACGGUACUGGAUAUGGAACUGCGUGUUGCCGGAUUGGACUUAUCCGUGCUCCCGACCAAACCUCGACCGAUUCCGCCCGAUCCACCGGAAUUCGAUUUCAAAGAACCAUGA